AGUUCAAAAUUUUUAUAAGGAAAAUUUUAGUUGUUUUUCAAUGUCUGUACCUACUCGUUUGAAAUUGUAAAGUAAUUAAAUCUGUUAUAAGAUACGGCAUUUUAAAAAAAUUGAACAGUAAUUAAACAAGUUUACCACAAAAUUAAGCUAAACUUAAAAUAAAAUAAUGGCACAAAAAGCAAUGCAAAUUAAUUCUGUGGAAGAUGUUACUAAAUCUGUGAAAAUUCCAAUACUAGAAUCAUGCAUAGAAUUACCUAUUGAAGAAGAAACCCUUAUCGAACUUACGCAGAAGGCAAAAGAUUGGGCAAUUAUGCACGGUGCAGGUAUGCGUUCCAAGACUAAUUUCAGUUCAGAUUCGUUAAAUUUUGCACCGUUUAUCUUAACACCUUGUUCAUUUCCAAGAAAACAAUUUGAAAAGGCCCUUAAAAUUCAAACUGUUUUAAAUGAAUUAACACAUUCCAUUGCACAUGAUGAGGAAUUUUUAAAGAAAACUUUAGCAGAAACAAUAAAGGUGGAUGAAUUUACAGGGAACUUAUACAAAAUAUAUGAAAAAAUUCUAAGUGAAGGCAUAAGUCAGCCAAUAUCAUUGGGAUUACUCCGUUCCGAUCUGAUGCUGGAAUCAAGAUGUCAUGGUAGCAUUGAAAAUGCAAAUAAAUCAUUAUGUGAUUAUGACUGGAAGCAAGUUGAAUUAAAUACAAUAGCGUCUGGCUUUGGCCAUUUAGGACCAAUCAGUAAAAGUAUACAGAGUUAUGUUCUGGCAGAGUUGGGCGCAUAUGACAAACUUGUUAAUUUACCUGAAAAUAAUGCAUUAUUUGGAAUAUGUAAUGCCAUGAUUAAAGCAUGGGAAAUAUAUGGAAAUGAUGAAGCCGUAAUAUUAUUUAUUAUUGAAGACAUUUCAUACAACAUUUGUGAUCAACGUUUUCAUGAAUUCGAAAUAAGACAAAUGAAUCCUAAAAUUAAGGUUAUACGCAAAACUUUAACGCAAAUUUAUAACCAGUCAAAACUUGGUCCAAAUAAAGAAUUAAUAGUAGGAGGACAUCAUAUAAGUGUAGUUUAUUUUCGAGCUGGUUAUGAACCAGGACAUUAUCCAUCACAAAAUGAAUGGGAUGCUCGCCUUUUAAUAGAACGUUCAAAAGCAAUAAAAUGUCCCACAAUUUACUACCAUUUAGCUGGAACAAAAAAAGUACAACAGGCAUUGUCAGAGCCAGGGAUGGUUGAACGUUUUAUUAAAGAUCCAGCAACAGUAGCGGAAGUAAGAAAUAUUUUUACUGGUCUUUACCCAUUGGAUGAUACAAAUGAAGGCAAUGCUGCUUAUGUAUUAGCAAUGCAAGAUCCUGAAAGAUUCGUUUUGAAACCACAGAGAGAGGGAGGCGGUAACAAUGUUUACGGUUUGGAUAUUCCUGACGCGCUUAAGAAAAUGAGUAAAACGGAACGUAAAGCAUGGAUAUUAAUGGAUCGCAUUUUGCCACCAAUUUCAAAAGGUUAUAUGAUUAGGCCUGGUGGUCCAAUACCUCCACCAAUUGUUGACUUAGUUUCAGAAUUAGGAAUUUUCGGUGCUAUUAUUGGUGAUGCAAAAAGUAUCAAAAUCAAUUAUAUGGCAGGUCAUAUGUUCCGAACAAAAAUUUCAACUGCUAAUGAAGGUGGUGUCGCAGCUGGCUUGGGUGCUUUAGAUAGUCCAUAUAUGGUUGAUUAAAAAUAAAAAAAAAAAAUUAUUGUAUAUAUUUGUAUAAAGUGCUCUUAAAAAUUUUCAUUUUUACAAUAUUGUUGCUUUUAUACUUUUUUUUAUAAUACUUUUGAAUCUAGAAAAAAAUCCAUUUGGAUAUUACUUUCAAAUAAAAAUGCAUUCAGUGUACAUAUUUCUAAA